AUGACCGCCGCUCAAGCCGAAGAAGAGGCAUCAGCUGCGAACAUGACGACACCACUCGCCUCCGCAGCCGCCGUCGCCGUCGAUUCGGUGCUCAAGGACCGCAUCAAGCCACUGCUGGCGACAUAUGAUCCCACGACCACGGCACCGACCUCGGUGAGGUCAUCUUGCGCCCUUCUCCAACUUGUCCCCCCAGCUGAGCCCGCCUCUUCUCUCGCAGGACCGCUCCUUGCUCGUCUCGCUCGCCGACCAAGUCGACCAGGCCUUGCCCGACUCUGCAGCGACUCUGGUCCAAUCUCGACUGCCGUAUGAGCUUUUGAUCGCCAUUUCCGCCCUGUUAAGGUUCCCACCUUCCGAGGAACAGGACCAAGACGCGCAAGGUCUGUCCCUGGCGACUUGCUGCCCAAGUCCGACGGCGCGAGAACUCAUGUGGGACCUCUCCUUCCAUUUGUCACAGCGGAUGUGACCUUGACGAAGGUCAAUCGGCACCAUGAACCUCUCUUGCGCAUCUCAUCAUCAAUAGCCGCAUGUUUAAUACACACCGAGGAUCGGAUUGACUCAAGCCUCUCCGAGACAAUCGCUGUCCGGGCUCGCUUGAUCAUGGUUUUCGCAAAGUUCAGCCAUCAAGACCCGGCGGCACCGAGGCUAUGUACGGCACAAGCUGUCGAGUAUGCUACUGGUAAGUUUUCUUGCUCUCUAGAGCCUCGAACCCAUCUUGACCCGAGUCUGAGACCUCCCUCGUCUUUGGCCCAUUCUCAGCAAGCUUGAGCCACCUCCUCCUGAACCCACCCACACUCCGACUCCCCAUCCUCGACCACCUCCUCUCCAAACUAUUGCCGCCGAUAUUCAAGCCCCAUCCUCAUAUUAACCCCACAACUGGAAGAGCCGUCGCUCGACCUGCAGGAGGCGCCAAUGCUCUACUAGACUGGUUCGAUUCGAAUCGGAAUCAUUCCACUGGCGAUGGCGCUGGCGCUUCGGACUGGCGCAUCGAAGUGGGGUUGCACAAUGUCGUGCGGUUCGUGGUCGCAUCCCUGGAGGUACGUUACUAAACCGUGUUCUGACUUUUGGACGACUACUCAUCAUCCUACCUUCGGCGCAUUGCGUUUGCAGAAGGAAGACAUCGAAUCACGAUGGCAUCUCGUCCUCCCUCCUCUCCUGACCUACCUCGGCGACUACUCGCCCCUCAACAAACUCUUGGGUGUCGAUCUCCUCUCCGCCUUACUCGAACGUACGAGCGGUCCACUUUUGACCAAGACCGGUGUCGGCAAAGUGUUUUCGACGGUGCGUAAAAAGAACUUGGCGCGCUGCGAAGCACCCGCGAGCUGAUGCAAAGAUCGGCUCGGUCCUCCAGUCCCUCGACGCCUGUCUCUCCUCCCUCUCCUCCCCUUACUCCCCUUUCCUCCUUCUCAAGACGCACCAAGUCUACCUCAGCCUCCUACACCAAAUCUACCCUGCCCCUUCCCCCACCCAAGCAUCCUCCCAAGCCCAUCUCCCCCUCCUCCAACUAGGUAUCAUCAGGGUAUGGGAAUUCCACCCCUCCCACAUCGCUUUAUUCAAAGCCACGAUCGAGGGAUUGGGGCCUUUGUUGCGGUCCAAGGGAUUUGGAGGGAUGGGGACAAUCAGGUUCUUGGGUGUGCUGGUGCCGCAUCUGGUCGGGGUCUUGGAGACGAGUUGUAGGACGAUGAUCGGAGCUGGCAUUCGGACAGGAAGAGGUUUGGGCGAAGGGAAUCGGGAGGUCAUCGAGUAUGCUUUGAGGGGGCUGAAGGAGGUGGUGAGGAAUGCCGAGGAACGGAUAAGGGAGAGUGCAAAGUGGAAGGGGAUGGUGUUGGUGCAGCUGGGGAAGACUUGGGUCGUCGUAAGGGAGGAUGAGGAGGGGCAGGGGCACAAGCGUGAGGAGCUGGAAACGUUGCUGAGGGAACUAAUGGCACUGAUUGGUGAUGAGGUCGGUUCCCGAAGCGAUCAUCCUUCCGCCGCGUCCACGUUCAGGCAGCUGAUUGCCGCGGUGUUUUGUUUCUUGAUCCCGACAGACCGAUCGACAACGUUUCCUCGUGCUCGACGAGGACAUGUUCGGCCCCUUAUUCGCCAAUGACAACCUAUGA